GAGAGACCGAACACAAAAGACCACGAAGCGGAAGCGCAGCCGCAGACCGCCGCCGGCGCACGACAUGUCUCGACGGCGGCGUGGAGGCUCCGAUUCGGACGGCGAGGACGAUAGCUUCCUCUACCGCUACCCCCUCCCAUCCGUCGCCGCCUCAGAGGGUGGAGGCGGCAAACCACGGGGCGGAGGCGGGGGCUCGGGCGGCCUCGCGCCGUCCAAAUCCACCGUCUACGUGUCCAACCUGGACUUCGCGCUCACCAACUCCGACCUCCACCUCCUCUUCUCCCGAUUCGGCCGCGUCGCGCGCGUCACUGUCCUCAAGGACCGUGAAUCCCGCCGCAGCCGCGGCGUCGCCUUCGUCCUCUUCGUCAGCCGGGAGGACGCCGCGGCCGCGGCCGCCGAGAUGCACGGCAAGGUGCUCAACGGGCGCACGCUCUCUGCCUCCAUCGCGGCCGAUAACGGCCGCGCCGCGGAGUUCAUCCGACGCCGCGUGUAUCGGGACAAGUCGCGGUGCUACGAGUGCGGCGAGGAGGGUCACCUCUCGUACGAGUGCCCCCGAAACCAGCUCGGGCCCCGCGAGAGGCCCGCACCGUCUAAGAAGUCGCGCCGCGGCGGCGGCGGCGGCGGCGGCGGGCGUGGUCGCGGUCGCGGGGGCCAGGCUGAUUGGCAUUCGGAUGAUGAUGAGGAUGCUGCUGCCGCCGUGGCGUUCGAGGAUGACAAGUGGGCGUCGGUGGUGGAUACAAGGGAAGUGGAGGAGAAGGCGGCUGGGAAGGGAGAAGGAAUGGGAAAGGCGGCGAGGAGGGAGAAGAGGAAAUGCUACUUCAGUGACGAGAGUGACGAGGACGACGACUAAUCUUCAGUGUAUCCUGCUAACUGAUCUUCAGUGUAUCCUGCUAACGUUGUUGUGUUUGACAAUAGAUCUAACGCGGAUUAUGUUAUCAA